AUGCUGCGAACCACAAUCACCAGAAACUGCAUGACCAGAAUCCGAACUCCUCAGUUCUGUCAAUCGUUUGCUACCACACGGCAAAGUUGGAGUGAAGGAGACACUGGAGCAGUACGGCCGGGCGGGAUUGCUGUGAGUGAUCCAUUCAAUCGCCGGGAACAAGUCUUGGAGAACAUGUAUUUCAAGCAGCACGAAAUGGAAAAUAUUCAGAAAAUGAAAGAAAAGCUCGCAGCUCAACGGAAACAUUUAGACGAAGUCGAGAGCCAUCUGAAUGAUAUGGAGGCAGCCGCAAUCCAAGCUGCACAAGCAAAGGCAGCCGCAGACAAUAAG